UAACUACUGUUGAGUGCUGUGUCCUCUUCUUCCAUUCAAUGGCAUUCUUUUUAUUUAUUUAUUUUUUAUUUUGCUACUGUUAUUGGACUCAGCCAUUGCUUAAUUCUUUACAUAUGGCUUUUUAAUCUGUGAGUGAAGAUUGGAAACCUUAAUAUAUAAAUAUAAUUUUAACCUUUUGAGCUGGGUUCCAUAUGUGGAUGCCUCUGAAUCUAAUAUCAACCCAGAUGCCAUUACCUUUUGGGAGUGUUAGUGGAGUUCUUUUUUUUUUUUUUUAAUAUUUUUGAAAUUUUGAUGGGUUCAAAUUCAUUCUUUUUAGUUCUCUACUUAACAAUUUAAGCUGAAAGUAGAUGGAAGUGAAGGUUAGAGAGAUUUCAUUUUCUUUGGACGCAUGUAACUGUUGAGGAUGACCAUCAAGCAGAGAGAGAAUAUUGAAAGCUUUUCACAACAGAAGAAAGUUUUGGUUUUUGAUGAGAGAAUGGAAUAUUGACCAAGACUGCAGAGACAGAAUUGCUUCAAGUGUCCAAUUUGCAGCAGAAGUUGAGGAAGACGUUGUGGCAUGCUGCUUCACAUCAACAGCAAGUUGGUAAACGUAGCCAAUAUUUUGAACAAUCUACUCAGAAUAGAAAAGUGGGAGGGAAAGGAAACUAUUCAAGUGAAGAAACGCAAUUAUAUAAAGCGCAUGCAAAUGAGGAAAACAACUCCAGUGGAGAAAAUAAUCAUCUGUUGAUUCUUGCUCAUUCUGCUGAACUUAUGUUGGAAUCUGAUAGUUUAGAUGGCACACACAGAAAUGAUCGAAACCUUGAAGGUUUUCAGAUUACUCCAAUGGCUCAGCAUUUAUCAGAAAGUGUAUGUGAUGUCACAGUUAAAGAUCAUAAGUCUGCUGGAAAACAAGUUGAAGGAACGCCUGUAACUCCUGUAAUUGAUCAUGUGAGAACUGAAAAGGAUGGAUUCAACUGGGGAGGAAGAACUCCACGCUUGAGUCAAAUUCGACAUCAAGCUCGGUCAAAAAGCAAUUUAUUGCUGCAACAGAGGAUUGGGGAGCCAACAGUUGGUCAUUUGCAAGUGGGGAGAAUCCGGCUCUCUCAAAUUCUACAUCAAGCUCGGUCCAAAUAUCAUUCACAAAGACAUUCAUGUGGGGAUUCACAAGGAAGAAUAGUGCGUUUGAGUGAAAUGCGGCACCAGGCUCGAUCCAAAUGUAACUCAUUAGUGCAAGAAGCAAUUGAAGAUCAAGUGCUUGGGCAUUUGGACAGCCAAACCUGUAAAGAUAAUCAGAGAAAGAGAAUCAUUGCAGAUAUAAUUGGAGAAGAAGAUGGCUCCAAAGCAGCUGCAGAUCUUCAUCCACCAAAGGUUGAUAGCAUGCAUGAAUAUAUUGUAAAUGGGAGAGUUGAUCUAUCUGUGCCUGUGAGCAAUGAAUUUCAGGACAAGCUGAUCUCAGUGAGAGGAAGAAUGUGAUUAAAUCAAUUAAGACGUGAAGCUCGUUUGGGAAAUGCCAGAACAUUGGACAGAGAUUCAACAGACCACAAUUGUAAUACAUCAUCUAAUAAAGGCCAAGAAUUGAAGUCACUGCCUUUUGUUCCAAACUCAAGCAAUGGAAGAAGAAGCCAUAAACUGUAGUCUGUACAUGUUGGCCUCAUGGGUUUACAUUAGCAUAUUAUUUGACAGAGUUUACAGGAUAAGUUUUUGACAUGCUUGGGAUGCCAACGUGUUAAUAGGAAUUUCUUUGUUUACACGAAUGAGACAGGACGAUUAGUCAGACAUCUCAUACUUGUAGUUUGAUCUUGAACGUAAUCAUGGAAUUCUUUUGUUUUUUUCAAUGGAGUCAUAACAGCUGAAUAAUAAUUAGUAGGCAACACAAUAA